AUGAGAAGGUUGAGAUUGCUCAUCUUGCGUAAUGUGCACAAUUCUUUCCAAGGUCCUAUAUGUAUUCCUAAUCAGCUAAGAUGGUUCGAGUGGCCUGGUGCUCCCUCGAUUCCAGAAUUUUCCUCUGGUCCAAAGAAAUUAGUGGGACUUGGUAUGAGCAAAAGCAGUAUCACGACAGUCGCAAAACAAUUUAAGGAUUUUCAACAAUUGAAGUACAUUAAGUUGAGUUAUUGUGAGUCACUAGUUAGCAUGCCCGAUCUCUCAUGUACUCCGAAUCUUGAGGAAUUGGAUCUCGGGUAUUGCAAAAAAUUGGUAGAAGUACACGAGUCGGUUGCAUAUCAUGACAAGUUACAGGAGUUAAAGUUAACAGGGUGCUCUAAACUUAGUGUUUUUCCCAAGGUGCUCAAGUCGAAACAUCUCCAAGCUCUCUAUCUUGAUGGAUGCAAAAAAUUUGAAAGGUUCCCUGAUAUUCCAAAUGAACUUGAAGGCCUGGAAGAGCUUUGGUUACUAGGGACUGCUAUUAAAGAACUUCUUGCAUCAAUAGAAAAUCUUGUCUCUUUGGAGAGCUUGUUUUUAGAUAAUUGCAAUAACCUGACAAGUCUUCCGUCUAGCAUUUACAAUUUGCAAAACCUUGAAAGUUUGGGAAUUCGGGGUUGCACAAAUUUUACUAGGUUUCCGAAGUACGAGGACUCACUAGAUCCGCGCAUGAAGACCGGACUUUCAAGCUUAGGAUCAUUAAGACUUGAGGGAUGUAGUCUGUCCGAAGUGGAAUUCCUGGAGAACCUUUCUUGUUUUCCCUUUUUGAGACAGCUACGGCUAACGGGAAACAAUAUGACUGGGCUUCCUACGUCACUCAAUAAGCGUGCUCAUUUGUCCCAUUUGAUUGUUGAGAAUUGCCGUCAAUUAGAGGAGAUUCCCGAGCUUCCACCAAGUAUCAGCUAUCUUUCUGCGGAUGGUUGUGAAUCUCUGAAAAAUAAUGGAGAUUUAACUUCACUUCAUCAUUUUGUCCGUAAGGGGUUGGCCAUGGCUGAUAUUUACUCAACUGGCCGGAUGCCUGAUGGAUUCAUAAUUAUUCUCGAUGGAGGAGAUAUGCCAGAGUGGAUCUUCCCUAUUGAGGGUUCUAUAUCUUUCAUGGCUUCAAAAGAUUUGUAUGACAAGUUUCUUGCAUUGGCUCUCUGUUUUGUUCUCUGCAACGAUGAAUCAGAAGAGAUACCUUUGGUUGUGUCUCAUGCUAAUGGCAAAAGGCUGGAUCAUCUCAUACAUUAUUCAUAUGAGUCGAAUUUGGAUCAAAUGUCACUUGAGUAUCUCACUCCAUGUGAAUUGUGGGAAGAAGUCGAGUUUAGUCAAAUUGAUGGGAGUUAUGUACGAUUUAGCAUAUCGAGUACAGCAGUGAAAAAGUGGGGAUUUCGAAUACUAUGCAAGCCACUGGAGGAUGAUUUAAAGGAAGUGCUUCAAGAAAAUAAGCUAAUAGAUCCAGCUUUACUCUAUGAGGUUUGUCAUGAAUCA